GUCGAAUGCAAGUUAUCCGGAAUAAUGUCCGGAUAACCUAGGGCAACCGUGGAUUUGAAUUCACCGAAGCCUUGGAAGCGUGCAAGAGGAUGGCGGCAACGGCAGCAUCUGUGGACACAAGCAACAACCAGCGCCGACAGAUCCCGAUCGUGUGCCCAGGCCACUCGCGUCCGUUGGCGGAGGUCCAGUACUGUCCCAGUCCCAGCGUCAACCCCAACGCGUCUCCCACUGAACCCGCCGACCACUACCUUUUGAUUUCCGCCUGCCAUGACAAACUGCCAAUGCUGCGAUGUGGUCGAUCGGGCAACUGGAUAGGAACAUUUGAAGGACAUAAGGGGGCCACGUGGUCUGCAAAGUUAAGUGCCGAUGGCUUGCUUGCUGCCACCGCCAGCGCCGACUUUAGCGUGAAAAUCUGGAAUGCCGUGACGGGCGAUGUCGUGCGGACGUUCGACCACAAACACGUGGUGAAAAGCGUGGAAUUUCUUCGCAACAGCGCGUGGAUCGCGACUGGCGGGCACGAGAAGCUCCUGCGUGUGUUCGACCUGGGCUCGGAAGCGACAGCUCCCCUUUACCAAUUGCAGACCGACGACGUCAUUCGCAAGAUCGUUGAGAUUCCGAGUCCCAAGGGUGCGGUGACGGUUGCCACGGGCGACACGGCGGGUAACGUGGUCGUGUGGGACGUCGAGACCCAGGCUCGCGUCGCAACGUUGCACGUGAGCAGUUCUGGCGUGAUGGACAUGGAAGCUUCGCGCGGCGGGACCAUUCUCACGGUGGCGGCCGGGUCCAAGGUCCACUUCUUCGACACGACGUCCUGGACCGAGACGUCGCAUGUGGACAUGCCCAUCGCGUUCACAGAGGAAGGGGGCGCGUCGCUGCAUCCGUCACUCGAUCGCUUCAUCGCCGGCGGCUCCGACACGUGGGUGCGCGUGUUUGGCCUGGACGGCGCGCUCUUGGAAUGCCACAAGGGCCAUCAUGGCCCCGUGCGAUGUUUGCGCUACGCGCCCAACGGCGACAGCUUUGCGACCGGGUCCGAAGACGGCACGAUCCGCAUCUGGCAGACGGAAACCGCCGCGGAUUCGUCGGUGAGUUAUGCCACGUUGGAAUAAACACAAUGAGAGUUUGGAGAGUUUGAUUUGUCUUAAGCACGAGAAAGAGACCAGCUAGAUUUGACCGCCAUACCACUUCAUGAUCUCGUGAAAGUCGAGAAAUCCCGAGUUGUCCGUGUCAAGGAGAGCCACGACCGCGUCGAGGUCGUUGUCGGAGAUGUCCAGUCCCAGAUCUAAUGCAACCGUUGUUCAACCGCUGGUGAAGACAUGGAGGCAUCGUACCUUGCACAAUGAAGCUCUUGAGCUCGCGCGCCUCCAUCUUGCCGUUGCCGUCGACGUCGUACUGCUCAAACAACUUGCGGAUGUUUUCCAGCUCGUCGGCCGAGAGGGACCCGCCGCUGCGCUCGUCGGCGCGCGCUUUGAACCACUGCAACGAAAAGAUGGCCAAGUCCUCCGGGGAUGCCCGAAUGACGUCCUUGGUCCAUUCCUUGAGCACCAGCGGCAGAUCGGGAGGCACUUCGAUCUGCUCAGCCGAGAAAAUGCGGUUCACGUCCAUGAUAGAAUUGCCGCCCAAGGGUCGUGUGUCCUUUCGGCCACCUCAAUUCCGGAUAAUUAUCCAUGUGCGAAAAUAAUCCGGAUACGAUGGCGAGGCACGAACCUUACUGUUAUUAAUAACGUUACAGUAAUUAUUAAUAAUACUAGUACGCAC